CUAGCUAGCGUUUGUUGGAGGAGAUCAAACUAUGGUGUUGUCUCAUAGACAUAACUCUGAUAUGGAUUUUCUUAGGGAACUUGUCAUCAAACUUAGAGAGCUUUUAGACAAAAUUUCUUCUCCAAGAAAUAUUCAGACUGUGAUACAGAAACUUUUGAUUCAUCCUCAGGAGGCAGUGACGUCGUUAUUACACGCUUUAAACCUUAGGAUACAUGAUCUUAUUACAAAGACGUCCAAUCAUUUCAGUUGCCUGAGCGAUGAUCAUAUGGUGUUUCUUGACCUGAACUCUCUUAAGAACCCUGCCCUCGCUCAUCGACUAAUCAAGACGGGUCAAUCUGGAAAGAUUCUCUUGGUGCUGUUAGGUUCUCUAGAAGACGACAAUGAGAGCCUUAUUUUCACGCCUCGCGUGUUUCCCAAGAAACCUCAGAAAUUUAUUGGAAACAACCUUAUAUCCUCUUCUCAAGAAAUCCAAAAUCAUAGAAACUCUUUACCAGUUGAAGUCAUUACUGUAGAGAGUAAUGACAAUCUUCAAAACCUUCCUGGCCAAGAUAAUAACUCCGAAGAUAGUUUGACCUGCUUUUCCUUAUUAUGUAAGAUUUUGAAUUCAUUUGCAAUGAUUAUAAGCCCUCCGUCUCAAGGAGUGUCCAUCAGUUUUGGCGAAAAGCAGCUGGAGCAAAACUUAGUGAGCUCUCUAAGAACUCAACUAAAAUAUAACCAGUUUUCAGUGCCUGAAGAGAGUGAUAUGAAGAACAGAUUCAAAGAGUCAAAGGUUGCAAUAGUCAUCUUCUCUCCCAAUUAUCUUGAGUCACAAGAGUGCCUCAAUGAGCUCGUUGAGAUCAAGAAGCUUAUGGACGCAAGAGAGAUUGUUCCCUUCCCAAUUUUCUACAAUUUAACGGAAGGAUUUGUUCAGAAACCGAAGGGGUGGUUCCUUCUUAGGCUUCUUAAGAUAGAAUACGAAGUACGUAAGAAGGUUAAUAGGAGGGAUGAGAAGUCUAUUCUAGAAACAGAAGCUAAAAUUUUGAGAUGGAGACAAGCUCUUAAGUCUAUUACCUCAAAACCGGGCUUGAGUAACAAACAAUAUAGGUAUAUAAAUAUGUGUAUAUUUAUGUGUAUGUGUGUGUCAACUUUUUUUUCUUUUUCUUGCAGCAAUGAUAGCGAGUUUGUCAGUGAUAUUGUGACCAAGGUCAAGGCAAUUUUUGCUUGUAAGGAAAGAAAUUCGGAUCCUACAUCUCCCAACACAACUACUGAUCAUCGUGUGGUCGUAGAAGAGACUCCAAUUCAUCCACAGGAGACAGCAGCAACAACAACAGUCCAAUACAAUGAUAAUGACUUAUUCAACUCCCCGAGUUCGUUCUUACAAGCUCUUAAUCUCGAAACUACAGACGUUGAAGGUUUCAAACUGAUCCCUAAUGGUCUUGCAUCACUGAGCCUGAGAGGACAACCUAACCUAGUGUUCCUCAGCUUGAGUUCUCUUGACGGUCUGUUACAGUUUCAGCGUUCAGACUCAUUUGAGGUUCUUCAAAAGGGUUUGGCUAUGACUCCUUCCGGUGUCAACAGAAUUGAAGAGCCGUCUCGGGUCUUGGCGUUAGAACCAAAUCAAUCCCAACAAUGGUCUAAUAAUCGUCUUAUUGCACCAGAUCAGGAUCAUCACAGUAACCAUUUCCCAGCCCAAAUCCCUAAUGAUAUAAAUUUGGAGGCAAACAUGUGUUGAGGCGAAUUCGAUUAAACGACAGUUAUGCUCAAAAAGAAGUUCUUCGUUUGGUUACUUGGGUGUCACGAUAAGGCUUUGUGUUGUUUUUCUUCAUGUAAUUAAAUAAGAUGGACGGAUGUUGUAGCAUCCCGCCGCAAAGUAGUAUCAUGUGUCGUGCGAACUCCAUGUUUUAAUUUUGUGAUUUUACGGGAAUUUCAGCAAUUUCCUGACAAAAUAAGUUUUUUUUUUUAGGUUUUUGUUUAUGAGAAAUAUGGGUUUUGACCCGAAAAUUUUCAUAUAGUUACGUAUUGUACUGUAAACAAUGUUAAUGUAUGGCCUUUUGUAUAAUAAUGUGAUCUUCU